AUGGCUACCUCCGUCGAUCCUCUCGUCGUCUGUCGUGUCAUCGGCGACGUUAUCGACAUGUUUGUUCCCACUGUCACCAUGUCCGUUUACUACGGUUCCAAGCAUGUCAGCAAUGGUUGUGACAUUAAGCCUUCCAUGGCUAUCAACCCUCCCAAAGUCGCCAUCGAUGGCAUCUCCGACCAGCUUUUUACUUUGGUUAUGACUGACCCUGAUGCGCCGAGCCCCAGCGAGCCAAGCAUGCGUGAAUGGGUUCACUGGAUAGUUUCUGACAUUCCUGGAGGAAGCAACCCCACAAGAGGGAAGGAAAUCGUGGCUUACAUGGGGCCACGGCCGCCUGUAGGCAUUCAUCGGUACAUACUGGUGCUGUUCCAACAGAAGGGGCCGUUGGGUGCGGUGCUGCAACCGGGAUCGCGGGCUAACUUCAGCACUAGGUUCUUCGCCAACCACCUCAACUUGGGGCUGCCUGUCGCCACUGUGUAUUUCAACGCCCAAAAGGAGCCCAUCAGCCGAAGGCGUUGAGU